AUGACCGAUUAUUCGUCAUGGAAGGUGACUGAUCUGAAGGCGGAGCUGAAGCGACGCGGUAUUCCCCAGACUGGAUUGCGAGUGAAACAACAGAUUAUCGAUAGGCUGGUGGAAGAAGACAAUAAAACGCAAGCUGGAGGUGCAGAUGAAGCUACUACAGCUCCUGAGUCGGAGCCACAGGAAAAGGCGCAACCUGUGGAGCCCGAGGCCCCUACCGCCGCUGAGAAGACGGACAGUGUUAAUGACGCGCCAGUACAAGAGACCGCACCGGCUGCCCCCGAAGCCGCGGAGGAGGUAAAAACAGCGGACGAAAAACAGGCUGAAGAGCCUCCAGCACAGCCCGACGAUUCGGCCGCACCCUCGCAACCUUCGCAAGCGGAAGAACCUCCGACAGAAGCGCAGGAACCUCAAGCCGCGGAUACACAGACUAAGGUUGGCGGAGAGGAAGCUGAAGCCGAGGCUGCCGUCAAACCAGUUGAGCGGGCUCCUGGAAAUGUAGCCGAAGUAGAGCCUCAGGACGAGGCGAAACCCCCUGAGGCCGAAAACGCCGCGCCCGGCGCUCAGACAUCAGAAGUGAACACAGCGCUGUCAACGCCACUCCCUACAGAAGAGCUUAUCGAGGAUGUUCGGAAGAGGAAGCGGCGCAGUCAAAGCCCUGCCCCCAGCCUUAACGAAAUUGCAAGGAAGAAGGCCAAAGCUCUAGGUCAUGAUGAACCUCAAGCAUUGUCGGAAGAGAAAGACACAACAAGCGCGAAGAGCACCGAUGGGGCUGCCGAACCUUCACAGACCCAUGAUGAAACCCAGGCUAAAAAGGGCACACCUCAGAAGCAUGACAUGCGUUUCAAAGGUUUAUUCUCAUCUACUGGGCGUGAACAGACUAGACAAUCCCCGCCGCCAGUCGACACGGAGAUGGAGGAUGUUACAGUCGAGCCGGCCUUACAUGCUGCGACCUCUGCAUUAUACAUAGACGGUCUUAUGCGCCCUCUUCAACCUGCGGCCCUCAAGAAUCAUUUGCUCUCCGUUGCAACUCCGGCCGGAAGAUCUCCCAAUCCCGAUCUGAUAGCUGAUUUCUAUCUGGACUCGAUUAAAACACAUUGCUUUACCAGAUUUGUCGACGUCUCGACAGCAUCCCGUGCUCGCAACGCUCUCCACGGUACAGUAUGGCCCAACGAGAAGAACAGAAAAGGGUUGUUCGUCGAUUUUAUCCCCGAGCACAAAGUGCAGGGCUGGAUCCAAACGGAAGAGGAAGUUCGCGGAGGCCGUGGUCCUCCUCCACGCUGGGAAGUUAAAUAUGAUAAGAGAGGCGACGAAGUUGAAGCGGUGCUGGAGCAAGUUGAUCCGAAGAACGCUGGGACUCAUGCUCCACGUGGCGCAGAACCAAAAGAAUUCUCACACCCUCCUCCUCGUGGGCCCCGAGCAGAUAUGCAACCGACGGAUAGGCGGCCCAGUGGCCCAUCACAACCCAGUGGGAGUUCUCAGCCUGGGCAAGGGUUCAAGCCACUCGAUGAACUUUUCAAGUCAACUACUGCGAAACCCAAGCUUUACUACCUUCCAGUACCCCGGGAAGUCGCAGAUCGACGCCUAGAUAGGUUUGACGAUCUGAUACGGAAAGGGUCUUUCCCGCGACGAGGCGGAGACGAGACGCGGAAAUUCACAUUUGAAGACGACGACCGGUUUGUCGAUUCAGGACCGGAAUUUGCCGGCCGUGGAAGAGGUCCGCGGGGAAGAGGACGAGGGCGCGGUGGAGGCAUGUUUGAUUCACGAAGAGGAGGUCGCAUGGAUCGAUAUUGA